UCGUUGCCCCGCUCCGCCCCCCGCAGGUGAUGGCGGUGGUCGGGGCGGCGGCCCUUGGCGCUGGGGAGGUGAGGGGGGCCCUGCCCUGCCGGUGAGGGGCUGGGGGGACACACUCACAAGCACGGCCGUUGGGCGGCCCCCCCGGGCCGGCAGCAUGAAGGUGGAGGCGGCGGACCCGUCCGCGAUCAACCUGUCGGUGCAGCAGGUGCUGAGCCUCUGGGCACAUGGCACCGUCCUGCGCAGCCUCACCGAGAUGUGGUACUGGGUUUUCCUCUGGGCUCUAUUCUCCUCUCUCUUUGUCCAUGGUGCUGUGGGAGUGUUAAUGUUUGUGAUGCUGCAGAGGCAUAGGCAGGGGAGACUAAUCUCUGUCAUUGUGGUCAGCAUUGGAUUUCUGGGUUCUAUAACAGGAGCAAUGAUUACCAGUGCUGCAGUAGCUGGAAUUUACAGAGUAGCAGGAAAGAAUAUGGCUCCCUUAGAAGCUCUUGUCUUUGGUGUUGGACAGACAGUACUGACGUUAAUUAUCUCAUUUUCAAGGAUUCUUGCAACGCUCUGAGGCUUAUGUAAAAAGAAUUUCAACUAGCCUAAAGAAAUUUCUGAUCUGAAGAGAAGCUUCCAGGAUGUGGAUUCAGCAGCUUAUGAACUCGAAUGCUAGUGCAAGAGAAAGGAAGCGAUGUGGAACAUGCACUACAAAUCUGGAUGUUCAGUCCAGUGAACAGACUGUCCUCUAGCGUCUGAACUCUUGUACUUCUGCAUUGUGCCUUAUGUGACUCAGUCAUAGGCAAGGUGCAAUUCCUGUGUGCAAAGUUGAGAUAAAGCACCUUGAGUAGCUGCCAGUCAGGGUAAUGCGUGAUGAUAGGAUCAUUGUUCUUAUCAGUGUUUUAAUAAAAAUAAAGGGACACUCCUGAAAAUUGCUUUAUGUGCCAAACUUGAAGUGUAGUUCUUAACUGUUGGUUGGGUAAGCUUUUUUGAAAUUGUAGAUAUAAAAGAACGCUGUGGUUAUACACUGCGUUUGACUUCAGGGGGAAUAGUAAGAUAACUGAUUUUUGUACUAACAUAAUCUCUUUGAAUGCUGAAUAUUCUUACUCAGCAUUAAAAACAACAGUUAGGUCCAAUUUAAGUGAUAGACAAAUGUUUAUGGGAUUUAAGAAGUACAACUUUACCAAUCCUGAUGUAAUUAGCAUGAUCUCAGAAUGAAUUGUCAAUUUACUGAAGAUCAUCACAUCAUUUUUUCAUGGUUUUGAUUCUUCGGACAACCUUAGUUUAAGGAGACUGUGUGAGAAAGAAGUAUAAUCUGUUGUGUAUGUACAUAUGAAUCUUAAACUAAUGCAUUUCUUUAAAUUAGUUUGUCUGAAACAUACAGAUGGUUACCAGCCUUUCUGAAAACCUUAGAAAAGCUACUUGCUGCAAGUAAGCUCCCUUUAAGUACUGAUAGGACUAUUAACUCUAUACAUACUCUUUAAAGAACAAAUGUAAUACAGACUUUGAGAGUAUACCUAUGAUGAAAAUGGAAAGGGUUUAAAAAAAGCCCAAGUCUUCUAUUGAACAGAAGUGUUAAGUUUGCUUAAUAAAACACUUAUCUUACCUUGGAAAUUUGGAAGUGGGGCAGCACUAGUGUAUUUACUACCUUGUUUCUGAAUACUUUGUAUCCUUGGAAGGGUUAAGAUACCUGGAAUUUUCAAAUACGUAACUUUCAGUAGAGUUUGUGCAUUUCUAGUUUAAAGGGAACAACGGUGUUGUGCAUGUGAGGUGUCUUAAGUGUGAAUGUUUGGAGUGAAUAGAAAUUUUAAUGUUGUUUACGAAGUGCAAAAUUUAAAGGGCACGAAGUUCUGUAUGAGGAAUAAGACAUCUUUGACAUGCUUAUUCAACUGAAUGCUUUUCAGCAGUUGACUAUUAAUACUGACAAGAAGAAUAAAUUGCCCAAAGGUUUUGCUUUUAAGAUGUCAAAAAGACGCAGUGUUGUUGAAAUCACUGGCAUCUGCUGUACAGCUAAAAGAAUAGGGUUAAAAUACAAUUUACAAUCCAGCUUUAUUGCUUAGCACUUCAAAACAGUAUAAUGAAUUAACCUGCUUGCUGUUAUUUUCUUCCACAUAAACCAUUAUUUUUUUUAAAGUGCUAAGGAUGCUAAUAUUUUUUUCUUUCAAAGUAUUUUAGUUUUUUUGAAAAUGUACAGAGUUACAGGCUAUGAAGGGAACAAUGUAAAAUGCAGGUUUAUAAACGUUCUCAGUGUUAUACUUUUAGCUUUGAAUCACUUCAAAAUGCUGUGGAACACCUAUAUUUUCCUUACUUUGAUUUCAAAACUUACUUUUCAUGGCUUUAUUUUUUUUACUUUCUGCUGAUACUUUUUGGCAUAACAAUCAUAGCACUUUAAUAGACAAUUAAGUUAUUGCAUCUGUCAAAAUGCAUUUUAAACUUCUCUCCAUUGUCCUAUGAUAUGAGAACUGGUUUCACAUAUUUAAUUCAAAUGAAGUAAUAAAAUAAUGAUAUUUCUCUUAAUGUGCCUUGUAACACGUAUUUUUAGGGGAGAAGAUUUUAAAAAGUUGCUAUCUCUUCAUUGUUCAUUUUUAGGUAUUAUGAAUCAACUUGGUUAUUUGAUAUGGCUCAUCCAACAGACAUUAAAGUGUUUGUGUUUGACAACUUAGAAAUACUUGUCUGGAUCAAAAACAACCCUCUCACAAAGCAUUGCAUUCAGUAAUUUAAAAUGUCUUGUGGCUUUACCUCACCCUGAAUCUUGUUCCUAGUCUCCAAAUUACGUUGAGCAUCUUGAUUCUUAUUGUAUGGGGGUUUUAUGCUAUCACUGUUCAAAGGCCUGUUUUAUUUCACUGACUUAAACUCUUAUCAGACCAAUACUAACUUAAGAAAUGUAUGUAACUAAUAAAAUUUUAUUGAUGAACUUCAUUCUUCAUUUUAAUUUUAGUGCCAAUGAAUUUUUUGCCAUUCUAACCUUCCUCCUCUGACAAGGAGGUAUCUUUGCAGAUGUUGAAUAACCUUCCUCCAAAUAAUUUUUAUUGCAUAUAUCACUGUAAUUGCUUUUAAAGUGGUUAGGGGCUUAUUUGUCUCUGCUUUAUAUGACAUUGUCUAGCAACAAUGAACAGGCAGUUAAUGUAGUACCUAGCUGAUGUUACAUACGAAGAUUUUAACUGUCUUGUGAGGGAUAAAUGAGGAUGACCACUUUGUCUAUGAAAUGUUCCUUGAUCAUGGCAUGAAUUUAAUGAAUAAUAAUUCCAGUAGAGAAAAAAAAUGCAAGUGGCCUUACAUCUCUGACACUUGGAGGCUUCAUUCCACAUCCUUAGGAACAGCAUUGUUAAACUUGUAAGAGGUGCUCUAUUCAAAGCACAGUGUGUGUAUAUAUGCUAUGUAUAUAAAUACAUGUAUGAAUUAUGUUUUGGAGGUGUAUUCUGUACUUUACAGAAAGUAACAAUUGAAAUAAUUUGCCCAAUAAAAAAAAAAAAAAAAAAAAAAAAAACUUAGGAUAACCUAGUUUUUUUUUUCAUCAUUACUAGGCUACAGAAAUAUCUUGUGUGUGAAUAGCAUGGAUGGUACUCUGCUUUGCUUUGGACUAUAAAGCAGUGUGCAGAUGUCUACCCAGAAUCUUUUAGAGCUAUCUUUAAAUAGCUCUACAUGUUUCUGCAUUGUAUCACUAAGCACAUUCUGUGCCUUGUUAAUAAUUAAUUUACAGUAGAGAACAAAUACAUCAACACAGCUUUAAUCUUUGGAGGAGGCAGGAAUACUGAAUAUACUGUUUAAUGUGAAGAUGUUUCUGUUGCUUUGUUAGAAGCUGCUAAAGAUUUAUGCAUUCCACACAAUUCUGACUUACUGAUACAACCAAAAAUCUUGUUUUCAGAAAA